AAUCCAAAUCCCAUUUGCUACAUUCAUCACUUCAUCAGAGCCCAUCAUUAACUCUAGGUGAAAUGCUCUCCCACCCUGCAAGCAAGGCAGCUUUCACUUUAGUUUGUUCUCCUUCCUUUCACGUUUUCUCCGUCUCUCUCUCUGGUUUCUGGGUUUCUGUGCUUUCUUCUCAUUGAGAUCUGCUUCAAAAUGGGUUUUUCCCAAGACACUUUGAAAGAGCCACCCAAUGUUAAUGUAUCACACACUUGCUCCUCUCUAGUCCCAGAUCACUACUGUCACCGUAAUGAGUUCACACUUAAAACCAUUCUGAACAAGAUGCUUAGGGAGCUUGGCCUGUCCUGCUUUCUUCCUCCACCUCCACAAACAAGAACAACCCAAAAUGAAGAUCAAAAGAAGAUGAAUUUGGAGCACAACAAGGCAUGGCUGCUUGCAGAGUCAGGUGGGUGUGGAGCAGACCUGACUGGUGCUGAUCCACACUCGGUUCACUCCUCUUUCAGGUUCAGCUUCUGCUCUCAAGUUGAGCUCGACUCCUUGAACAUGACCUCUUCUUCUGCUGCCACUGUUCUCAUGGUCAAUUUGGACAAUGGUUUGUGCGAGUCCAAAGCUAAAGAAUUGAAAUGGAGGAGAUUCGAGUCGUUAGAGAGAAGCAUAUCCCCAAUGGCCAACACUUUGGUUAGAUUCAGCUAUGCCGAAAUUCGUGCAGCUACUCGCAAUUUCUCACAAGGCAGAGUUUUGGGGAGAGGAGCUUUGAGCUGUGUGUUUAGGGGUAGAGUUGGGAUUUUGAGGACAGUUGUGGCAGUUAAGCGACUGGACAAGGAAGAUAAGGAGUCUUCUAAGGCGUUUUGUAGAGAGUUGAUGAUUUCUAGCUCUCUUCACAACCCAAAUGUAACGCCUCUUCUGGGGUUCUGCAUAGAUCCAGAGGAGGGCUUGUUUUUGGUUUACAAGUAUGUCUCUGGGGGAAGCCUAGAGCGUCACUUGCAUGAGAAAAAGAGGGGAGUGCAGGGUACUUCAACACUUUCUUGGUCUGUAAGGCACAAGGUUGCAAUAGGUAUAGCAGAGGCCAUUGCAUACCUACAUAAUGGAACCGAAAAGUGCAUUGUGCACAGAGACAUCAAACCCUCAAACAUUCUCCUUUCUUCAAAGAAAACACCCAAGUUAUGUGAUUUUGGAUUAGCCACAUGGACUUCAGCACCUUCGGUCCCUUUCCUUUGCAAAACGGUCAAAGGAACAUUUGGUUACUUAGCUCCUGAGUAUUUCCAGCAUGGAAAGAUAUCGGAUAAAACUGAUGUUUAUGCUUUUGGUGUCGUCUUGCUGGAGUUGAUAACUGGAAGGAAGCCAAUCGAAGCCAGAAGGCCUCAAGGAGAAGAAAACUUGGUCCUGUGGGCAAAACCCCUCUUGCAUAAAGGUAAAGGAGCUAUUGAAGAAUUGCUUGAUCCUCGGCUAAAAUGCAGUUCGACGAAUCCAAAUCAAAUAGGACGGAUGAUUGAAGCUGCAGCCGCUUGCAUAACUAGUGAAGAAUCUAGGAGGCCAAACAUUGGUGAGGUAGUUGCAAUACUUAAAGGGGAAGAAGAGCCUAUUUACUCCAAGAGAAAGAAGUCUGGUUUUCUGGGAAAUGGGUUGGUCAUUGAUUGUUAUUCCCAAUUACAGCAAACAAAUAGUGAGAUGAGGAGUCACUUAGCUUUGGCUAUGCUUGGAGUUUCUGAGCUGGAGGAUGAUGAUCACCUUUACGGGCGUUGAGACAAGACACAAGAACUAGAUGGCAUUUAAUGUCCACUGUUGUAGAUCAUUUUGUGCUCCCAACAUUAGAUGUAUUGUUGCUGGUUUGAAAUUUGAACUGUGCUAGAAACUGAUAACUGGAAGGAGCGUUGGAAAAUGUAGAUAGAAAUAGCAGUACGAGUGUGUUUGACUGUUUGUGUGUGUGUGUGUGUACAUAUCUUCUUAAUUCAGCUGUUCUAACAGGGAAGGGGAAUUGAUUG